AGAACCGGACGGGCACCGAGCCCCCGCUGCACCUUUUCCCCGCGCCCGUGCUCACCGGCAUCACCGUUGCCUGCGUCCUCCUCUUCGUCAUCGGGAUCAUCGGCAACCUCAUGACCAUGCUGGUGGUGUCGCGGUUCCGGGACAUGAGGACCACCACCAACUUCUACCUGUCCAGCAUGGCCUUCUCCGACCUGCUUAUCUUCCUCUGCAUGCCCCUGGACCUCUUCCGCCUCUGGCAGUACCGGCCCUGGAACUUCGGGGACCUCCUCUGCAAGCUCUUCCAGUUCGUCAGCGAGAGCUGCACCUACUCCACCAUCCUCAACAUCACCGCCCUCAGCGUGGAGCGAUACGUCGCCAUCUGUUUCCCCCUCCGAGCUAAAGUGAUCAUCACCAAGGGGAAGGUCAAGCUGGUCAUCCUCUUCCUCUGGGCCGUCUCCUUCAUUAGCGCCGGACCCAUCUUUGUCUUGGUGGGGGUCGAGCACGAGAAUGGCACGAACCCCCUGAGCACCAACGAGUGCCGAGCCACGGAGUACGCCAUCCGCUCGGGGCUCCUCACCAUCAUGGUCUGGACCUCCAGCAUCUUCUUUUUCCUGCCCGUGUUUUGCCUGACCGUGCUGUACAGCCUCAUCGGGAGGAAGCUCUGGAGGAGAAAGAGAAAGAACAUCGGUCCAAACACUGUCAUCAGGGAUAAGAACAACAAGCAAACUGUGAAAAUGUUAGUUGUGGUGGUAUUUGCUUUCAUACUCUGCUGGUUGCCUUUUCACGUAGGACGAUAUUUAUUUUCCAAAUCCUUUGAAGCUGGAUCCUUGGAGAUAGCAGUGAUCAGUCAGUACUGCAACUUGGUGUCCUUUGUCCUCUUCUACCUUAGCGCAGCCAUCAACCCCAUCCUCUACAACAUCAUGUCGAAGAAGUACCGCGUCGCCGCUUGCCGGCUGUUUGGACUCAAACCCCUUCCAAAGAAAAGACUCUCCAGCACGAAGCAAGAAAGUUCGCGUGUUUGGACAGAACCGAGCGUUAUCACAUGACACGUGAUUUCCAGCACCAGAGCAUCACUUACCAGUAUUUCCCAGAAAGCCAUAACGAAAGAGAAAGAGGGCGAGAAACACAAAUCGAAAUACUAAAGCUGUACUUUUGUCAUCAUCUGGAUUUGCUGAAAGAUGUAAUGUAGGCAGUCAAAGAUUAAAAAAACUAAACUUUGAGACUACCAAAGGAGGCACAUGGUCACAGAAUUUGGCAGCACUCAAGUAUUAUUUUUCUGCUGCUUUUGCCCAUAUGA